CUCUGGGCCACGCUUCUUUGUCCGUCCAGCAUCAGGCACUCACCAAACACCCUCUGACCUUCUCUCCGACAACCACAGCUCCGACCACCACCGUCAGCUUCCACUUCGAUUCUUCCCACCACCACCCACUCCUGUUUCUCCUUGCACCACCGCCGCCAUGGAUCAGAUCAAGAAGCGUAUGAAUGCCCUCCGCAUCGAGGCCGACGAGUCCGCCGCCAAGGUUGAGGAGUUGUCCGCAAAGGUCAAGGCCUUGGAGCAGGAGAACCUUCAAAAGGAGCAGGAAAUCACAUCGUUGCAGCACAAGACUUCCAUGCUCGAGCAAGAAGUGGAGAAGCUCGAGAAGCUGCACAGCGAGGCCAAGUCGGCCGCAGACGACUCAGCACAGCACGGCACACAAAACGAGGCGCUGACGAGGAAGCUGCAACUGCUCGAGGAGGAGGCCGAGGCCAACGACAAGCAACUGCGAGAGACCAACGAGAAGCUUCGCCAAACAGAUGUCAAGGCCGGUCACUAUGAGCGAAAGGUCCAGGCACUCGAGGCCAACAAUGCCCAGUGGGAGACAAAGUACGAAGAGAUGGCCAAGAAAUAUGCAGACACCAAGAAGGAGCUCGACGACUUUGUUGCUGAGAUUGGCAACAUCUAAGCAUGUCAUCUUGUUGGAGCAUCUCACAUCGGUGUGAUCACGAAGCGGCGUAAUGGCUGAUGUGAGCGAGUUGAAAAUAUUGCAAGCGCGGCAUCAACUUCGCGAACCACUACAUGGUUGAGCUGAAUCAGUUGGAGGAUGCGACAAAAGGGCGCGCGGAGCAUGAGAUUUGAGGAGAAGCAUGGCUGUAGAAUGUCCAGAUACACGGCGUUCGUCUGUCACUCCUUUGUGAUGUAUCUGGCUGCUUGAUAGAGGUCGGCUUAGUUGCUGAUGUGGAGUUCGAAAUGCUGUUGCAGCAGAUACCCUGAAUACCAAUACCAUUUCCCCGA